UAAAUACAUUUAUGUAUACAAAAUAAAAUAUGUAACUCACUCACACAAACGAUAAAGACUCGAAAUAGACGGAUGCAUGAAUAGAGAGAAAAAAAUGAGAGGGUAAGAAAUUAAUAUAAAACAAAAGACAGAUGAACACAUAGACUAAUGCAACAGACAGUCAGUAUAGAAAAAUAAACUGUUAGAUAGAUACAUAGACAAAAGUAGAAAGAGAAACACAGAGGCUAUGUAAAUAAAUGAAUGAGUGAGGAGGGAAAACAGAGGCUAUGGGAAUGAGUAACUGGGAGGAGGAGGGAAAAGUAAAAGUGUGUAUGUGUGUGUGAGAGACAGAAAGAGAGAGUGGAGAAACAGUGAGUGAGAGAGAGCGCGCCAAGCGAAAGAGGAUCAGAGUGAGUGAAAGACAAACUGGAAGUAAAUGUAGGAGGAAUGUCAGAGGCGCUUUCUUCGCUAUGUUGGUUUUGCAUUAGUAACAGUUGUUAUAAUAUUAAUCGAAAUACACAAACAGUUUAAGCUCCGAGUAUAUGAUCCCGGCUUUUGGUGUUUUUUUACACUUUUUAUUUUAUUUUUGGUGAGCAUGGAGGAUGGAGCACUAUUAUCCCACAUUGGUGAUUACAGGUGCAGCCGCGUUUCUUUUAUACAUCAACACCUUCGAUGCAGAUUUUGCCUACGACGACAGUCGAGCUGUUCAGAAGAACCCAGACCUCCUUCCUGAGACACCAAUCCAGAACAUUUUCUAUGAUGAUUUCUGGGGGACACCAUUGGUCAACAGUGGUUCGCAUAAGUCAUACAGACCAAUAUGUGUGCUCUCGUUCCGCCUGAAUCAUUUCUUCAGUAAACUGAACCCUUGGAGCUACCAUUUUACCAAUGUUUUACUUCACUCGUUAGUCACAGUUUGCUUCACUCAUAUGUCGAGUGUUUUCCUCCACCGAACUCUACCAACACUCAUUGCAGGAAUCUUGUUUGCUACACACCCAGUUCACACUGAAGCUGUUGCUGGCAUUGUAGGACGAGCAGAUGUUGGGGCAUGUCUGUUUUUCAUACUCAGCUUUCUUAGCUACCGUCAAUAUAUUUACUACAGGGAUGGCUACUGUGAUGGAAACCCUAAAGAAUUUAGCAACCCUGAAACAACCCCACGUCACAGCAAGAGGCUUUUGUAUCUGUUCUUGUCUGCUGUUUUAGCUACACUGAGCAUGUUGACCAAAGAACAUGGGAUUACUGUUCUAGGUGUCUGCAUCAUCUACGAAGUGUUUGUUCAUCAGAAAAUAUCACCAAAGGCUUUCUUUCAAAUUUUUAAACAGAAGCAAUACAGUCGUCUCCGGGAAGGUCUUUUAAUGCUAUUCUUCUGCUCAGUUGGUCUACUAUUUCUACGAUUUUGUUUAAUGGGUAGCAAACCCCCAGAAUUUGCCCCUUCUGACAAUCCUGCAGCUGACUCAAAAAGCUUCCUGACACGAACUUUGACAUUCCACUAUCUGCUCACUUUAAACUUGUGGCUGCUUCUUUGUCCUUACAUUCUGAGCUUUGAUUGGUCAAUGAACUCUAUACCGCUUGUUGAGAGCUUGGGAGAUUCACGGAAUAUUGUCACCAUAGCAUUCUAUUGUGGGCUCUUGUACAUUGCUAUUUAUAUUUUAAAACACAUAUCACACUGCACCCACGUCACACCAGAAUUGCACGUCAUGCAACACAGUUUACAACACAAUUCACACAAUGUUACGCACAGCUCAAAAUUAACAAAAAUCCAUAGAAAUGGUACUACAGAGUCACACCAUCAUCCUCCAAGGGUACUGAAUGGAACCCGAGGAAGAUUAAAAAAUUUUGCAGAAUCUGCUAACCACCAAAACAUGACAUUAACUGGCGAAGACAAUAGAUCUUCAUUAGACUGCAUUAUUUUUUCAUUAGCUGUCAUUAUUGUGCCAUUUAUACCGGCCACAAAUCUAUUUUUCUAUGUAGGCUUUGUGAUUGCAGAGCGUGUCCUCUAUAUACCCAGCAUGGGAUUUUGCAUGUUGGUUGCCAAAGGUGCCGAAAAACUCUACUUUCACUACCAUUCCAGUCGGAUGUGUCGGAUAGCUAUCGUUGUUAAUGUCAUUUGUAUUUUAGUUUCCUUCACUGCACGGACAUUUCUAAGGAAUCAAGACUGGCUGACUGAGGAAUAUCUGUAUCGUUCUGGAAUAGAUAUCAACCCAGCAAAAGCAUGGGGAAACCUUGCCAAUGUGUUAAAUAGCCAGGGAAAAGAGAAAGAAGCUGAAUUUGCAUACAAGAAUGCUCUGAAAUAUCGUAGUAAUAUGGCUGAUGUUCAUUAUAAUCUAGGUAUUCUUUUACAAGAUCAGCAACGUUAUCAUGAAGCAAUAGAGAGCUACAAGACAGCAAUUUUAUGCCGUCCGAAACUCACAAUGGCUUACCUGAAUCUUGGAAUUGUCUACAGUUUGUUAGGUAGAAAUGAUGAAGCAGAAAAGAGCUAUUUGAACUGUUCAAAUGUAGAUAUUACCGGUUUGCGAGACCCUCGACUUCAUGAAAGUACCAAGAUCUCUGCUCUCUAUAACCUUGGCAGAAUGUAUGCAGACGAACAGAAAUAUCAGUUGGCUAUUGAGACCUAUAAUAAAGCUAUUCAAAGAGCACCCAGUUAUUAUGGAUUGCAAAGUAUUUACAAUAUGUUAGGUGAAGCUUACAUGAAAUCUGAUGAUGAGGCCAAAGCAGAAUUCUGGUACCAGGAAGCAUUGCGUGUGAAGCCUGACCAUUUACCAGCUCACAUCACAAUGGCUAAACUGCUGUCCAGAAGAAACCAACUAGAUAAAGCUGAAAAAUGGUACUUAAAAGCAAUGGCUCUUGAUUCCACGUACAAAACUGCUCACCAGCAUUACGCUCAGUUCCUGGGUGAAUCUGGCCGGCAUGCUGACUCAGUUCUUGUCUACAAACAGGUGCUUGAAACGAAUAGUGAUGACUUUGAACUUGUCUUUAACACAGCCAAUGCUUUGAGACAAUCUGGUAACUACACUGAAGCUGAAGAUUUUUACCAAAGGGCUGCACAACUGAAUCCUCAGGUUGCCACAGCUCACAUGAACCUUGGUGCCAUCUUACAUCUCAAUGGUAAAUUAGAAGAAGCGGAAAAGAGCUACAAGGAGGCUUUACGACUGAAACCAAAUGAUGCCAUGACCAAAGAUAAUCUUGCUAAACUCCAAAAACUGAUGCAGAGUCAAGCAGCUAGAGUGGCUGGUAGGAGCUGACCAACAGCUACAGUGGCUGGUUGGGCUGGUCAGAAAAGAAGAAACUGAAUACAGUUUCAAACUUUGAUUCAAUAGAAGUGAAAGUGUUCGGAAUAGGAUUGAAAGUAUUUGACCUUAUGGAAUUAAAGAAUCUGAAUAAUAUUGCAAUAUUUGAACCUAUGAAAUUAAAAAAGGCUUGAAUAUUGCUGCAAAUUUUGACAGAUCAAAACAGAAGGAUCUAGAUGACAAAUCACACACUAUGAUUGUCCAAAAGAGAGUGAGAUUUGGUCACAUUUUAAUCUGGCCAAAUGCAAAGAGACUGAAUAGUGACAGCAAGAAGAUGAACUGACUAUAAGAGAACAGAAUAAAAGCAAUAUAGGUGAUAUAAGAAGAAAGAUGACAAUAUAAGCUGACCUAAAGUAACAAUAUAAUAGCAAUGUCAUGUCAUAUAGAAUUAUGGAAAUUGGUAUGACUGACUAGAUUGACCAUAGUCAUCAGAAUGACAAUAAUGAACUAAUCUCAUCAUACGAGUCAGAACGAGAGAAAGAAAACACAGACUGAUGAUUAUUAUAAAGAUGAGGAAAGCUAGAAUGGCCCUUGUGGUUAAUUCGACAUAAUGAUAAUAGAAUAAAUGUGGGCAGUCAUGCUUCUUAUGGGCGGCAUAAGAAGCAUGACUACCCACAAUGCUUUGAGAGUGUAAUGAUGGAUUGACUGUGGUAGUUAAAUUAACAACAAGAAAUUUCCUAGCCUGAUAAUGAAUACGACAAUGACCAGCUGUACUAACCAUGAAUGUUGGAGUGUUAAGAACUUGGGGGAAGAAGGCAAGGGGCAGUAGCAGGAAGACAAGGGACUGAUGUAGGGGUCACAAAAAAAGCUGCUUUUCAUUUAUUCAAGACUCUAAUAUUAGGCUGCAUGCUGAUAAUUCAAUGACAAAAUGUAAUAUUUUUACUUACACAUUGACUAAUUUUAAAUAGAGCCAGAUAAUGUUGCAAAUGAUGGAGUGACAGAAAUGGUAGUCUUGGACUAAAUGCCAGGCAGUAUUUAGUUUUGUCUCUCUUACACUCUGAGUUCUAAUCCUGCCAAAACUAACUUUGUUUUUCAUUCCUCCAGGGUCUAUAAAAUAGGUACCAGUCUUAAACUGGGACCAUUUCAGUCAAUGAUACACCCUCCUUAACAAAACUGUGGUCUUGUGCCAAUGUAAGAUUAUAUAAUAAUAUGUAAUAAAUUUAAAGAAAAAAUUUACCAAA